AAAAGCUUGGAGCUAGGCCUGGAAGAUACUGCCCACACUCUCCCUCUUCUCCUCGGCCACUUCUUUGAUCUCUGACGGUGGAUCGAAGAAAGCAUAUUGCGUCGUUUCCCAGGUGCCUUUUUUCAUCGCUUUCUGCGAAAAGACGGUUGCUAACUACAAGAAAAGAGUUGGGUUUGCUAAGUCUUGUGAGUUGGUCUCUAUGGGCUGUGCAUCAUCAAAGCAAUUCAAGCGAGCUCCACCGCAUGAGGAUGCUGCUGUUCUGGCCAAGGAGACCACAUUUUCUCUGAAUGAAGUGGAGGCCCUGUAUGAGCUGUUUAAAAAGAUUAGCUAUUCCAUAUUUAAGGAUGGACUUAUUCACAAGGAGGAGUUCCAACUUGCUCUCUUCAGGAACAGCAACCGGAAGAACCUUUUCGCCGAUCGGAUAUUUGAUCUGUUUGACCUGAAGCGCAAUGGUGUGAUUGAAUUUGAGGAGUUCGUUCGGUCUCUCCACAUUUUUCACCCGGAUACACCUACAGCCGAGAAGAUUGCAUUUGCAUUCAGACUAUAUGACCUGCGAGGCACCGGCAGCAUUGAACGUGAAGAGUUGAAGGAAAUGGUGCUUGCCAUCCUGAACGAAUCGGACCUGCUUCUCUCUGAUGAUGCUGUUGAACAAAUUGUAGACCAGACAUUCAAGCAGGCAGACCUAAACAGCGACGGCAAAAUAGACCCCGAAGAAUGGAAAUCGUUUGCAAGUAAAUAUCCGGCCUUGCUGAAGAACAUGACUCUCCCAUACUUAAAGGACAUAACCCUGUCAUUCCCCAGCUUUGUUCUCUACUCUGGAACUGGCGAUGAGGAGUUAUAGCAGCAAGAGACUCUGACCUCUCAAGCCUCAGGGAGACAGCAACCUAAUAAGCUUCUCUCAUGCGGCUUAUGCUUUCCUUUCGCCUUCACUGUAAAACUUUGUAGAUUAUGCAAACACAGUUUUGUAGCGGAAACUACAAUAGCAGAAUAUGCACUGAGAAAUGGAACACAACUUUUUUGCCACC